UGUAUGUACGUGCAUACAUACAUACAUACAUACGUCGUAUUUGUUGCACAGCAUCGUCGCCUUGUGGAACAAAAUCUCCCUAUCUUCCCAGUACUUAAGAUUUAUCAUGACGAGGUCCAAGAAUCAUUGGACAUUUAACGAGUGACAGUGCUCGACAAAAACAGAUCAACGAUCAUGGAUCAGCUGAUUAUUCUUAUAUCAGCAGUGCAUCUGUUAUAUUGUCCAUUCACGAAAGUCGAGGAAAGUUUCAAUUUACAGGCUAUGCACGAUAUUCUUUAUCACGGUUUCAAUCUAUCCGAGUAUGAUCAUCAUGAAUUUCCUGGAGUUGUGCCACGUUCUUUUCUGGGACCUAUUAUAGUAUCUGGUAUUGCCUCACCACUAGUGGCAGGCAUUAAUUAUCUGAAGCUCAAUAAAUUUUUUGCUCAGUAUAUAGUAAGAGCAAUAUUAGGAUUACUAGUAAUAAUUACUCUCAAGUUGUACAGACAUGCUUUACAAAAUAUUUUUGGACUGCAAUUUACAAAAUGGUUUGUUGCUGUAACUGUGACACAGUAUCAUUUCAUGUACUAUCUUAGUCGUCCACUACCAAACAUAAUGGUUAUGCCCUUAGUGUUACUGGCUUUAUUUGGAUGGCUGAAACAAAAUCAUAUAAUGUUUAUUUGGUCGUCAGCUGCAGCAAUAAUAAUAUUCAGAGCGGAACUCGCUAUACUCUUAGGAUUGUUCCUUUUAUAUGAUAUAGCCUACCAGAAACUUUCUGUAUCAAGAUUACUUAAAAUUGCGAUACCAGCCGGUAUAUUGUUCCUAGCGCUUACGGUUGCUACAGAUUCAAUAUUUUGGAAACGCUUGGUAUGGCCGGAAGGAGAAGUAUUCUACUUCAAUACUAUUCUCAAUAAAAGCAGUGAAUGGGGCACAUCACCAUUUUUAUGGUAUUUUUAUUCAGCUUUACCGAGAGGAUUGGCAUUUUCGUACUUUUUGAUUCCUUUGGGAAUAUUCUGGGACGCGAGAGUUCGUGUGCUCACUGUUCCAGCUAUUACUUUUGUUGCGUUGUUUUCGUUUUUGCCGCACAAAGAAUUGAGAUUUAUUAUAUAUGUGUUUCCACUGCUGAAUGUUGGCGCGGCCGCCGCUUGCCAUAGAAUAUGGGAAAACAGAGCAAAAACAACAUGGAAUGGUUUUUUAGCAGUAAUAAUCUUAAGUCAUCUUGCAUUAAAUAUCGUGUUCUCCAUGUUUCUUCUAUGCGUGGCUGGCUCUAAUUAUCCCGGAGGUCUGGCAAUUGCCAGAUUACACAGACUUGAGAAACACUCUGUUGAACCAGUGCACGUACAUAUUGACGUGUUGACCGCGCAAACUGGAGUGUCAAGAUUUACACAGACCAAUUCUUCUUGGAUUUACUCGAAACAAGAGAACUUGACUAUUGAUGAUCCUGAAAUGCUACAGUUUACUCAUCUUUUGGUGGAAGCGGGAAGUAAAUACUCUCCGAAUUUAAAGCCCUACCUUGAAACUCACGAUAUUAUAGAUUCUAUCGACGGAUUCUCACAUAUAACUUUAAAUUAUAACAUGUUACCGCCAGUCAGAAUCAAAACAAAACCCACAAUAUUUAUUAUGAAAAGAAAACCGAAUAUCAAAUAUGAUUUUGACAAAACAAGAUCAGGAGUAUCUACAAAAGAUUUACCGAAAAAAGCGGGUAAUAUGAAAAAUAUAGGAUUAAACAUAUCACAUGAAAUCACAAAGACAAUAGAACCACUAUUUAACGACAUUAUGGAGUCAUUGGAAGAAUUUGCAAAACCGGGAGAAACUGACAAACAAAAUUUUUCAAAUAUUGGUCUUGAAGAGUUUAAAAAAUCGAAUAAUUACACUGUAGAGAAAGCAGAAAAGCUUAAUGGCUUGAUAGAUUACAACGUAACAUUUAUGGAAAAUAUUACUCAAAAGGAGGAUUUGAAUAACUUAUUGACAGAACUAAAAGAUAGCAAGACAAGUUUUCAGGACAACCUUGAUGAUAUUUCUGACAUAAACAAAGCCAAAUCUGAAAACAUAAAAUCAAAAAAUGAAGAAGAAAAAAUUAUUAAUGAAAAGUCUAAGGUUGAUCUGAAUAUACGUCAACAAAGUUCUAGCGUUAAAGAAACACUUAAAAAACUUAUUCAAGAAAAGAUAUUGGAAGUUAAACAGAGAAAAGAGAACAAUAAUGAACAAAAAACUACAGAACUUCCAAUGAAGUCACUGAAGAAAAAAGGGAUUGCAAUACAAUUGCCAAAAAGAAUGAAAGUAUUAAAACAAGAAUUGAAAGAUCAAACAAUUGCAGAUAAAUCUGCGACAUCGGAACAAAAAUUUGAGAGUGUAAAGGAGCAAGCAUACGAUGAAAAUAAAACUACCAAACAAAUUGCACGUAAAGUAGACAAAACUGCGGCAUCCAAGUUAAAUAUUAGUCUGGAACAAAUCGUGCAGAAUGAAGAUAUUACUAUAAAAAAAGAAAAUGAAACAGAUGCAAAGAAAGCAGACUCACAGACUUUCGAUGAGUCUAAUGCACAAAAAGAGUUAUCUAUAUCUGAAAGAAAAACUGAAGAUAAAGAUAAAGAAAAAAACAUAAAAGUAUCACAAUCAAUUAAUGCACGAGAAAGUAUACGAAAUAUAAUAAAUCAAUUUAGAGAAUUUGAAAAAGAAUUUAUAUAUGAUGAUACUAAUUCGAUAGUUCCAACGACGAAUGACAUGAAUAAUGCAAAUGUUGAUGGUGAUUCUUAUAGAACACAAAAAGACAUUGAUUCUUUUCCAGAGAGUAAAACUCAACUAAUGACAAAAGAUGCUAGAGAAAGUCUGAAAGAGAUAAUAGAUCAAUUUAAGUACAUUAAGCAUGAAUUAACUUUGGAAGAGGACGAUCGGUUUGAUGAAAUUGCGGCAAAGUAUAUGGAACAACCAAUUGACGAAACAUUGAUGCAGUUUAAUGAAGCUCUGAAAACUUUGAUGCAACGAAGAAAACAAACUGUGCCACAAAAACACGCAUCUAAUCUAAACUACGAUAAUAAUUACACAUCAGAAAAACAAAGAAAAUUAGAGAUGGAAAAAAACACACAAGAAGCAAUAGAACAAAGAAAGAAAAUAAAAACUGUUAAAAACAGUCACAAGAAUGAUCAUCCAAAAAUUGUAAAAGUAAAGCUGAAAGAAAGAGAUAGUGAUGUAAACAGACCAAAACAAGAUCCUAUGAUCACUAUAGCAAAUAAAUACACCAAUACAUUAACAAAAACUGAAGAUACAAAUAAUCAGAGACAUAGAGAGGAUACUUCAAAUAAUGUACAUAAAGUUGACAGCGAGAGAAAGAAAAUAUAGAAAAAUAUCGAAAGUAAUUAUAAAGUGGCUAAUUAGAAUGCUUUACAAGAUUAUAAACUUUAUCAAAUCGAAAUAGCUGUGCAAUGUAUAUAUAUAUAUAUGUACACAUAUAUUUAGACACUUGUUUCUGUGAUAUAUUAAAACAAUACUUUCGAAAUAAUACGAAUAAUAUAAAUACUUUUAUCAUAUUUUAAAAUAUUUGCAAGAGUAAAUUGUCUUAUUUAAAUCUUUCCCAAAAUUUAAAAUAGUGUUAACUAUUUUGUAUACAUACAUGUACAUAAAGAAAUGUAGUUUUGUAUGUAUGUGUG